AUUGGACCAGUUUCUAUUAUUAAAUCAAAGGUUCGUAUAUCUGUUGUUCACUUAUUGGAUACACCUAAAAGCAUAUGUAAUAUUAAAUAUUUGGUAUAAUCAAGUAAAGGAAAUGAUCUGUCAUCAGCUAAUUCAGUUAUUCCAUUUCUAAUUAAGCCUAAUCGUAUUUAAUAUGUUGUAGCCGCGAUGGGUACAUUUUCCGAUAAUAUUUGAAGAUAAGUUUGGUCUGAUUCCUUUUUUUUUUUUGGUGUCUCCGCCAAAUUUGGAAAAAGAAAACGAGAGAAGAAUGUUUUGUUUAUUUGAUCGAGAAAAGAAGAUAAGCUGAACUGAUCAGAGCAUUAUCAAGUUGGGAUCUGAUGACAAAGUCACGUGUAUGUUCUCUGUUUUCUUGUGACCAUGCCACAGAUUUUUUUUCUUUCUUCUCUUCCAGAUCUUGAUCGCAUAAAGAUUCGUUUUGGCUUUUGAAGCUUUUGAAGCUUCUACAAACAAAGGUAAAAAAUGUCGGCUUAUGGUCAUCAGAUGGAGAGGGAAUUCUCAGGUCUAUCCAGCCGAGGUGGUUCCGAAUUGGGGAGUCGAUAUACGAUAGAAUCUGGAUGUUACAUGACAUCUUUAGCAGCUUCCAUCUUCAUAGCUUCUCUUGUAACAUUCGGAGUUUUGAUGAUAACACUUGUUAUAGCUUUAGCAACAAUGUUACAGAGCUGUGGAAACCGAGAUAUUAGAAUGGUCGAGGCUCAAAGACUUGAAGAAAGUUUCAGUUACUGCAAAAUCUUGUCUUUACACUCUCAGCUCAAUAGCUUGCAACAAGAAGACAACAUUGAAUUACCAUUGUUAUGCAAAGAUGUUGCUUUACGCAGAAUCAAACAAGGAAUCUACUUGAGAGAGUUGAACUUCACUAUCCAGAUGGCUCUCACUUAUUUCCAAACCAUCAAACCUAUGAACGAUAGCCGCAAUGUUGUUGUGUUCGAUAUCGAUGAUACCAAUCUAUUAGAACAAGAUGGUUAUCAUAUGAAGUAUAUCGAAGAAGCAAAGCAUCAGAGAAGCAAACUGACACUGGAACUAUAUUCUAAGCUAAUAUCACAAGGCUAUACAAUGGUUCUAUUAUCAAGAAGACCUGAAAGAGAGAGGAACGCCACAGUCGAACAGUUAAAAUCUAGAGGAUACAGCAAUUGGUCACAUUUGAUCAUGAGGGAAGAUAAAAGACAAAAGGAAGAGUUGGAAAGAGGUCACCGUGUAAUUGGAGUAAUUGGUAAUCAUAUGGAUGUGCUAAGAGCCCAGUGGAAUUGGCAAAGCAAGCGUCUGUUCGAACUUCCAAGCCUUACCUAUGAUGAUGUUCUAGCUUACAGUGAAAGAUGAGAUCAUGCAGUUUGAUGUGUAUAAAUUUUCAAGAGUGUUAUGUAAUUUUUUUGUUAUACGGUUUCAAAUAUAACGUAGAGACGUAUUGUAAUUUUUCAAUUGUCUCAUGUAUACUUCUAGCUU